CCUGGCGGAAACCUGGAGGAUGCGUCUUGGACUGAAGUGUGCUCGAUCAGUUUCCGGUGUGAUGAUUAAGGCUUUCCACCUGCGAGUGCAGUGAGUGUACUAGUUUUCUUCGCGUUCAAUGCGGAUACUUGUUCUCUCGUUACAACUCUUUCUGCGUGUUUUUCAUUCAGUCACAAGAACUACUGUAACUGUUCACCAAACUUCUCUAACCCACAUCUUCGAACCCGACGACUUCUGUAGCGAAUUUCGUAGAGCCUGACCGCUGGGGAGUCCCUAGAGUGUGGAUUGGUGAAGGAGGCGGUGCUUCUCAGCUCGUCCAAGGUAUUCAUGGUGGCGUCACCAAGGAUCGAGCCGCAACCAGCACAGAUAGUCAGCUAACGGGUGGUGUGAAUGGGACAACUGGUUAUGGAAGUUUUCGUUGAUGCUCAAUAAGAAGUAGAUGUGUAUAUAUGUUCCAGGGCGCGGGGCGACGCCCCCCCCCCUUUUUGAGGCCUCUGCCGGGGGGGGAGGCCUCAAAAGGCCCCCCCUGUCCCCUUUCAGGUGCUUGGGGCCCCUCCACAGAGGCCUCGGACGUAGGUGGAAGGCCUCAAAAGGGCCUCAAGGGGGGCCGCCUCCGCUUCCUCCCAGCUGCUUGGCUGUCCCGCAGAGGCCUCAAGGGCGGAAGUGGAAGGCCUCAAGGGGGGCCAAGGGGCUCGCGGCCUCCUUCUCGUUUGCAUGUACGCAGCCAGCACAGAUAGUUAGCUAACUGGUUAUCCUCUCCAACAAUCUCGCAACUCCUCCAUCGUCAUCCCGGUGAAUGCCGAAGCUAUUGCUCUUCGUGCUUGGUCAUUGUGGAACAAAGGGGUCGCUCCCGCGUUUGCAGAUGCGAAUGCUUUCCCAGAUCCCUACGCGAAUAUCACGAAAGCCUUGCAAAUUGAGUUGAAUCUGACUAGCUUUUUGACCAGUACAACGAACAACACGGAAACUGCACUUGAAGUCACUGCUGAUGUUAAGGGGACAAAGAUGACUCAUUAG